UAUAAGUACACACCCGAUGGCUGUGGCUGCGGGUUCAGCACCAGCUUCCCACACCUGCUAAGUUUUACUCUUCAAGCGUGUCAACGACGUCGUUUGAGGUUCAAGUGUGUUUUACGCUUUUUAUGGAAAUUACUUUGUCCGCAACAGCCGUACUGUUCUAGAGAGAGAAACUCUGCGUUGUACAACAGAAAUCUCCGUUUCUGGAUAGAGAGAGAAAAUCUAGGUGUGAUCUUCUAGAGAGAGAUAUACAAGCAGAGGAAACAUGGCUUCCUUCGAUGAAUUCAGCGUUGACGGAGAAGAGUCUAACUCCAACUACGGUUCUUACUCCAACUACGGAUCCUACUCCAACUUCGCCCCUGGAGAAGACUUCCCCGGCGACCAUCACAACGCUUCCGGAGGGUUCUUGGCUGAUGGAGAUGUCUCAGCAGACCACGUGCAGUCCCCGGAGAUCUUCGGCUAUGGAUCUUCCUCCGCGGACGCUGAUCCGAAUCCUGGCUACUCGCAGUCUUCCUUUGCUUCAGUUCACGUGGAGAAUGGAAACGGUAAUGGCUACGGCGCGGGAAAUAAUGACAUCUUCGCCUCAGAUGGACCAGUGCUGCCACCGCCUGGCGAGAUGGAACCAGAGGAAGGAUACGCCCUUCGCGAAUGGCGAAGGCAAAAUGCAAUUUAUCUUGAAGAGAAGGAGAUGAAAGAAAAGGAAUUGAGACUCCAGAUAAUUGAAGAAGCUGAGGAGUAUAAACGGGCUUUUUAUGAGAAAAGGAAGCUUAAUGUAGAGACUAACAAGUCUAGUAAUAGAGAAAAGGAGAAGCUAUUCUUGGCCAAUCAAGAGAAGUUCCACAAAGAGGCAGACAAACAAUACUGGAAGACUAUAGCAGAGCUUAUUCCACAUGAGGUUCCCAAUAUUGAGAAAAGGAGAGGCAAGAAAGAUCAAGACAAGAAGCCAUCAGUAACAGUCAUCCAGGGUCCAAAGCCUGGGAAGCCCACCGAUCUUUCAAGGUUGCGACAUAUACUUGUGAAGCUGAAGCAUACACCCCCACCUCACAUGAUUCCACCCCCACCAGCGCCUGCAAAGGAUACCAAAGACGCGAAGGAUGGGAAAGAUUCCAAAACUGGAAAGGGUACAGCGGUCAGUGCAGCUGCGUCUGCACCUAAUGGGGCACCAGCAUCUGCUGCUAAAGAUGCCACCUUUGAGGGUUCUUCCAACUCAACCCCGCAAGAGGCUCCUGCUGCUGAUGGCACUCAGCCUGCCUCUGCAUCUGAGGCCACGCCGGCAGCCUGAUUGCAUACAAUACCAUACUAAAGCUCUACGUGCAUUCUUUUUAUUUCUCAUAUAAGAGGUGCUUUCUCUCUCAAUUUUCUACAUGUUAAUGCUUCCUAUCCAUGUGAUUUGUUUGCUGUGUAAGGAUUAGGACUUACUGGCCGCACUGUUUCUUUGCUCUACUCCAUUUAUGACCUCAAUUUUUGGACUCAAAACUGUAUUUCGUGAGCAGAUGAUGAAGGCUCUAAAACAACUUUAAUUUUUUUUUUCUUUUUUAUUUG